CCACAAUAGUCAUUAGGGUAAUACAUAUUUAAUUAGUUCAACCGUUUUACCGUUAUUACGUCACUUCGAAAUGGAAAGUAAAACGAAUCAUUAAACAUUAUUUAAAUGAUACUGAUUAAAACAUUAAAGUGCUGAUAGAUAUGUUAUCUCUCUUCAUAUUUCCGGAAUCAACGAACUACAAGGUGUUGAUUCUUGAGCCGCUAAUACCAAAUAUGGAGCAACAGAUCUUGAAAAACAACGAAAUUCGUUAGAAUCAUCAUUGUACUAGCUAAAACACGUAUCACAUGUCCUGUGGUCUGUUAGAUUGUGGACACAAGCGAAUGAUUAAUAUGGCGCAUCGGCUGCGACAAUUAAAUCACUUUACAAGACAAUUUGUGCCUCGUCCCACACAGUCUGUCUUUAAGUUUAAUCCAUAGAGACGACGCCGUUUGGUAGGUCGUUUCACUGGAAACAGUUAAAUUUAGAAUAUCCGUUCGGCCCUACUUGGACAAAUGCGUUCAGUGCGUUUUAGUCUUUGACUAUGACAUAGCGAGUUGAUUUCGUUUUGUGGUGUUACGAUAUUGCAAUGGUUUUUGCCCUUUUGCUUUGUGAUUUCUGUGAAUGAAAUUUAUUUUCGCUCUAAUCGUUAUAUGGUGAGAUGUGUUAUGUUAAAUAAUUGUUAUUACUCUUAUCUCUAUGAACUAAUUAUUUAUUGUCGUGCUUAUGAUAAUGAAGACUAACAGAACAAUGCCGUUUUGAUACCGCCGCUGCGAUGCUCAAGGUGAUAUCGCGCGACACAUCGCGACCAUAAGCGCUCGUAUUUUCCUCAACGAGAACAAAGAAAUUACAUUUGCAAAUUCAUUUAACACUUUCCAACAACGCACCAGCCUGUUGAUCUGCACACGUGUCGCGAUGCAUACGUGAAACGAGAGGAUGCGAGCGUUCGACGCGCGCGUGCAAUAAAAAUCCAAUGCAAAAAUGAUUAAAAGGAACGGUGAUAAUGUGUGUGCGAUCGCGUCGAGCAACAAUCAGUGUCAAGGCGCGAGGAGCGCCGUCUCGCUCUGUCCCGGCGGCGCGGCCACGCGGAUACCGCGAGCCACUGCCGUCUGUGCCGCCAGGAUGACGCCGCCCGACGCGCACCACAACACCAAGGAGGCGAACAUCGCGCUCUCUACCUAUGUCGAGAAGUGGAAAAACAGAUACGAAGAUGCUGAGAGGAAACACAAAACUUAUUUGCUCAAAUCUGAAAAAGCUAAGCGUGAGUACGAUGACCUGCAACGGCGGUACAACAUCCUCUCAGAGGAGAGAAACCACCUGGACUGCGAACUGCGGGAGCGGGAGAGAGAACUUAACAAGCUCAAGAAUGUCUCCGAGAAGCUAUUUAAGGAGUAUCAGCAACUCAAGAACCAGCAUGAAGUGGACGCCGGAGUUAUGCACAAGGUGAUGCAGCAGGCAGGGGAGUGGUACAAGCAGAACAAGCAGUUGAAACGGCGCAGCUCUGCGUUAUUGCAGGCGCUGCCGAUGAAGUCAGUCGAUAUAGAUUUCACGGACGCUGCUGAUGCAGCAUCGGAUACAAGCAGUAAUGAGGAAGUGGAGUUUCUGAAACAGACAGUCUCGGAGCUGAGUCGUCAGAUAGCCUCGCUGCAGACAGACCUGAACACGGCCAAGCUGCAGGAAUUCGAGGCUCACGAAGCCAAUGUUGCUCUUGGACAGGAGUUGGAAACGGAGAAAGAGAAGUCAGCGGCGCAGGAGAAGGAGCUGGAGGAGUUGAGGUCCCAGCUGGAGCGGCACCACCGCGUGUCCAAGCUGCUCAUGGACGAGGUCACCGCGCUCAAGAACAACGCCGACCAGGACCGGCAGAUGGCUGAGACGUACCGCUCGGAGGCGCGCGCCGCCAAGAAGCGCGUGAAGCUGCUGACGCACCAGAGCUCGCUGCUGCUGGCCGACGUGGAGGCCGACGCGCGCCUGCUCACGCUGCUGGCCGAGGUCGAGAGCCUGCGCGACGCGCUGGAGGAGCAGGCGCACCGCCACCAGGACCAGCUCCACGACCUGCAGUUGAAACUAGCUGAGAAGCACGAGGAGACAGAUAUACUCCUGUGGGAGGAGAAGAUCCGGCUCGCGGAGGAAGACGCGCGGAAGGCGGUGGAGAGGGCCGAGCAGGCGGAGAGGAGGCUCGCGGAGGCUGAGAGGCGGCCGCACGACGCCGACAAGAGGCUCGCUGACAUGGAGAAGAAGCUGGCAGAAGCUGAGAGAAGACUGUCAGAGGCGGAGAGAAGCAGACCGGCGCAGAGGCGCUCCAACCUCCUGUCGCGGAUCAGCUACUUCGAGAGCGGCGGCGCCGACAGGAACCCGCCUCGGCACGACCCGCGGGAACCCAUCGGAGAGAAGGCACAGGAGCCUGAAGUCUCGGCUCCCCGCGCGGCGUCCCCUGCUCCUGCAGUAUCUCCGCCGCGCUGUCCCUCCCCGCCGCCCUCCCCGCCGCCCCCGCCAGCGCCUGCGCCCGCGCCGCCACCAGCAUGUCCCCCUCCACCGCCGCCGCCACCUCCCCCGCCGGCGGUGUUCUGCGGGUCGAGCUCAGUGGAGGACAUGGCCAAGAUGCUCGCCGGCAAGUCAGGCACGCUCAAGAAAACCAAACAGAAUAAUGGUGGUGCAAUAGACGCGAUAGUGGACCAGAUCAAGGGCGGCAAGUUCCAGCUGAAGUCGACGGAGCAGAGCUUCAUGGAGCGCAAGCCCAAGGAGGAGCAGCCAGAAGCGGUGAAGGAGAUGCUGUCAAUCCUCGGCACGCUGCGCAAGCGCCGCACCACGCGGCCCGGGCUCGUCUCCGCGCCGCCUGACUCCUGAACACUCCACUGAUACACCAUGUAAAUAUCCAGAUACAAAAUAGGUUAGUAAUUUGUGCCUGUUUUAGAUUAAGCUUGAUCGUCUGUAAGCGAGGUUUGAGGCCAGUGUAUCUAUAAGGGCUUAAAAGUACAUAUUUAAAACGCGGAUCCCGGAAAUAUAAACUGUAUAAGAUAUUGUUUUAAUAAAUUGUCAAUCUUGAUAGUAUAAUAGUUAUACCUAAGAAAGAUUGGUGAAUUUUCUUGGAUCCCUCCCGGGUAUGUACUACAUACUAUUUUGUACUCAAGUAUUUAACUACUGGACAUGGUUAAAAUAUAUAUAGCAUCUAUAAUGACUCAGUGUAAUGAGUAGGGAGCUGAUAAUUCUGCCCAUCGACGAAUGAUGCUGUAUCUCAUUGAUUGACAUUAUGAAUCGAUUGCAUGUGCUAUAAUCGAUAUAAUAAAAGAAUAAUAUAUUUUCGUGCAAAAACAUGUUUGAGUUUUGUAAUCAAAGAAAUAAUUGUGAUGUCGACAAAACAUAUUUUUUUGUUUAAUUUAGACAUAUAAAUGUUUAAAUAUUCCGAACCGUCCACAGAUAUGAAAUAUAUUUUUUCAAUGCAAAAUAACUGGCCAACCACAGACAACUGACUAAAGUUGCCAACUUGAAAUGUAUAAAAAUGCCAUUAUUUUAAUAGUAUUUUUUUUUAUUGCUGUUUGACCUAAUAUUAAUUUUAUUUAAUUAUACAUUGACUAGAGUUUAAAUAUUUAAAAAAAUAUAUUACUUAUUUGUAUUUUUUUAUUUUGACGAAUAUAUUUUAUUCUCAAAAUUAGGAUAAACAUAUGAUGAAAGUCAACCGAUAAAUGCGUAAAAUGGAAUUAAUAUGUUGUGUAUCCAUAUUUUUAAUUGGUGAUGUGAAAUUAUCGAUAUCUCAUAUAUCGAUGUUGUCUAAUGCAUUUUUUACACUUUAUAACUAUGUACCUUUUAUAUAAUAUUUUUUAUCAAUUAUAGUUGUAGUACUAUGAUCGCGUUAAGUGGGAAAUAUCAAUACUUAAUACUAAGUGCCUUAAAAAUCUUAAUAAUCUCUUUAAGUAUAUAUUUUAUGUUUAGUGUUGUCCUAAUUAUUAGACUAUUAUGUAAUAUACGAAAAUGUAAUACUAUCAAUUAGUAUAGAGCGCUUCAAAGAUAAUAUCUCAUACAUCACUAUGUAUUGUAUAGUAUACACUAUAGACUGAGAGCUGGUGUAUUAAUUUUAAUACUGUUUUUGGAAUGUAGUAAAGCAAGUGUGGUUACAAGUAUCAAGCUCUAUAGACCUUCACUCAACCCUAAUUCCAUUACAUGGGCCCAGUAUGUGUUUAUGGGCCGCCAUACCUAUUCUGCUGUUAGGGUAAUGUAUUACAAAUAGCUUUGCAGGCAUAUUAUGCUAUAAUAUUAAAUAUGUUAUUUUUUAUAUUGAUUUCAUAAGGUUACGCUCAUGUUGAUAUAACAAUAACACUACGGAUUUCUUCACGAUUUUUUUUAUUUUUACUGACAAAAUCAAACAAAAAAUCCGUAUUUUUAUUAUUUCAACAUUUCCAGCCUUUUGCAUUUAUUUGACAAAAAUAUGUACCCAGCUCUCAUAUAGAUUAACAAUGCUUUGGUGUUUCUAAAGAGUUACCUACGGUGCCAUUGUCACAGGCGAAUGUGACGAACUUUAUAUGUGUAUAGUAUUAUUAGAUAUUAGACGUUUGAACAUACGGUGGCUUAAGAUCUAUCUAUAAUAAUUGUUUAACUGAAUUAUGUUCGUGUGAAUAUUCAUUGUGUUAUAAAGUAUUUUAAAUUGUUGUAAACCAGAGUGGUUUUACGUUUAUGAGUAUUAUUAUAAAUAUACCGCAUUGAAAGAAGAGAACAAUGUAGACAAUAAAUACCUUCUUAUAAUACUUUGCUCAAAUUUGUCGAGGAGAGUCACCAGGUCGACGCCAAAGUGAGAUAAAUUGUUUUUUUUUUUAUCGGUAGUCAUUUUGAAUUUUGAAUAUGUCACUAAUGAACUCAUAGAAACGUUGCCACCUCUCCUAGCGACAUCUGGUGAGCAAAAAAGAAUUUACCUUCAUGGCAUCCAACAUAAUAACGAUCAUUUUAAUAUAGAAAGUUAUUUUCUCAUGUUUUUGUUUUCUUGGAUACGGUAAAAAUAAAAAUGUGACGGUAUAAUAUUUAUUUGUAUUUUUGAACUGUAUUUUGUGCGUGUUUAUUUAUAUUCAAAAUUAAUAUUGUGGCAAUCUUGAGAGGAAUUUGUUCCGUAUAAGAUAGUAUGUAGAUGUGUAAUGGUGAUAAUUGGUGCAUUUAAAGUGGCCGUGUGUUUAAAUGUUGUGUGAUUUGAAAACUCUUACAGAAAUAAAUAUUUUAAAAUGUGAA